CAAACGUUGUCGCUUUGACCAUUUUUUUCUUUUCUUUCUCCAUCUUCUUCUUUCUCCGGUGAGUCAAUUUGGAUGCGGAGAUUGAUUGUGACGGGGAUUGCGACAUCGACGGCGAAGGGAUUUCGGAGAGUAGUUAACCCUAACCUUUUAGGAGGAGGAGCUGCUGCUAGAGCUUUUUCUGAUUACCGAGAGAAACUGAGAACAGGGUUUCUUCACUCUAUCAGAUUACUUACUGCCACUGCCAAUUUGAGAAGAUAUGAGACUGUUAUCUAUUUCUCCCAGAAGAUGGAACUCUAUGGAAUCUCACACGAUCUCUAUAGUUUCACCAUUUUGAUUCAUUGUUUCUGCCGAUGCUCUCGUCUCUCCUUUGCUCUAUCUGUUCUUGGAAAAAUGAUGAAACUUGGUUAUGAGCCCAGCAUUGUCACCUUUGGCUCUCUGCUCCAUGGAUUCUGUCUCGUGAAUAGAAUUGGUGACGCCUUCUCUUUAGUCAUUUUAAUGGUUAAAUCGGGAUAUGAGCCUAAUGUUGUAGUCUACAACACUCUUAUUGACGGUCUCUGCAAGAACGGUGAACUGAAUAUUGCGUUGGAGCUUCUCAACGAGAUGGAGAAGAAAGGUCUCGGAGCCGAUGUUGUUACAUACAACACUCUCUUAACAGGUCUUUGUUAUUCUGGUCGAUGGAGCGACGCAGCUCGAAUGCUGAGAGAUAUGAUGAAGAGGAGUAUAAACCCUGAUGUUGUCACUUUCACUGCGUUGAUCGAUGUAUUUGUGAAACAAGGCAAUCUUGAUGAGGCUCAAGAAUUGUACAAGGAGAUGAUCCAAAGCUCUGUUGAUCCUAAUAAUGUCACUUAUAAUUCAAUCAUUAAUGGGCUGUGCAUGCACGGUCGUCUAUAUGACGCCAAGAAAACAUUUGAUUUGAUGGCAAGCAAGGGUUGCUUCCCUAAUGUGGUGACAUAUAACACUCUCAUUAGUGGAUUCUGUAAGUUUAGGAUGGUAGAUGAAGGGAUGAAACUCUUCCAAAGGAUGUCUUGUGAAGGAUUCAAUGCCGACAUAUUUACUUACAACACUCUUAUCCACGGUUAUUGUCAGGUGGGUAAACUUAGAGUUGCCCUAGACAUCUUCUGCUGGAUGGUUUCUCGUCGCGUGACUCCUGAUAUCAUAACCCACUGCAUUCUGUUACAUGGUCUUUGUGUUAAUGGGGAGAUCGAAAGCGCACUGGUGAAAUUCGAUGAUAUGAGAGAAAGCGAAAAGUAUAUUGGCAUUGUUGCAUAUAACAUCAUGAUUCACGGGUUGUGCAAGGCGGAUAAAGUGGAAAAAGCUUGGGAGUUAUUUUGUAGACUCCCUGUCGAAGGAGUGAAGCCUGAUGCUAGAACAUACACUAUAAUGAUACUAGGUUUAUGUAAGAAUGGGCCUAGGCGUGAAGCGGAUGAGCUGAUUAGAAGAAUGAAAGAGGAGGGGAUCAUAUGUCAAAUGAAUGCGGAAGAUGACCAUCUAGAAGAGCAUAGCUCAAGUAAUAAGGAGAUAAGCCUUGUCAGCUAAUGUUAUAUGAUCAGAGUCCAGUCACGUUUUUUUGUUGGGACUCUGAGCUAGGCUUGUUUGUUACAGUCAUAUGAGGGGACUGUGUAGAUUGGUUUUGGUCAGGAGAAGCUUGAAGUGUGUGGUACUUACUGACCGGUGGGUAAAGAAGCACUCAAGCAUAAAACUGCUGCAGAGAUGGUGUUGCAUCUUUAGAAUUCUGUAUGCUUGUACAUUAGUAUUAACUAAAUUCAUUAAUUUGACAUCUAACUUACUUUGUGUUGUAAUUCUCUUGUAUGCAAUGAAAAUGAAAUUUCAAAUAUUGUAAAUGCAAAC